GUGACGUAAGGCAUGUGUUGAUAUGCAAUGCUAAUAAUCAUCUGGGACUGGGAGAGAUGGAUUUAAGAAUGAUAUUAAUAUUAUGAAUAUGAUUGAUGUUUUGUAGACUUCAAAACUGGGUUAUCAUCAAGAGGAUUUAGUAUGAGCAGGUAUGGCAUGGAGGAAAUUCAUUGAUAUUUCAACCAGUAUAGACUGAGAUCCCACCAUUUCCUUUAUCAUAUCUCCCCAUUCAUAGUAAACAGUUCAUAAGAUGAAAGAUACUCCUAAUAAUGAAGAAAAUGUGCAGCAAAAAAGUAAUGAUGUGAGUAAAGAAAGUACAAAAAGUCACCCGAUAGUCAGUGAAAACGGCAAUACAGCACCAUGUAGUUCAGACAGUCAACCUGAGGUCAAGUUAACACCUUUAGAAAGGUUGAACCAUGACCUCAACAAUGAUGCAAAAUGUACCAAAGAAAUAACUUUAGGAAAGCGUAUAGGCUUUUAUCGAAUACGAGGAGAGUUAGGAAGUGGAAAUUUCUCCCAAGUCAAAAUGGGUAUUCAUGCUUUGACACGAGAAAAAGUGGCCAUAAAAAUAUUGGAUAAAACAAAGUUGGAUCAAAAAACACAAAGACUUUUGUCACGAGAAAUAGCCAAUAUGGACAAAUUACAUCACCCUAAUAUAAUUCGUCUAUAUGAAGUAGUAGAAACAUUAGCUAAAUUACAUAUGGUUAUGGAAUAUGCUUGUGGGGGUGAAAUAUUUACCAAAAUAUCUAAUGAAGGUAAAUUAACUGAAGCUGAGUCAAAGGGUCUGUUUGCUCAAGUUGUGGCUGCUGUAGAACAUAUGCACGAUCAAAACAUCAUACACAGAGAUUUAAAAGCUGAGAAUGUUUUCUAUGCUUCACCGACACUAGUUAAAGUUGGUGAUUUUGGUUUUAGUACAAUCAGUCGGCCAGAUCAAACUCUUAAUACAUUCUGUGGAUCACCACCUUAUGCUGCUCCUGAACUAUUUAAAGAUGAGAGCUAUUUUGGUUCGUAUGUGGAUAUUUGGGCAUUAGGGAUAAUGCUGUACUUUAUGGUGACAGGAAUAAUGCCGUUCCGUGCUGAAACUGUGGCCAAGCUCAAAAAGUGUAUAUUGGAUGGAAGUUACUCAAUACCUUCUUAUGUGUCAGAUAGUGGUCAGUUUCUUAUUAGGAGUACUUUAAAACACAUCCCACAUGAUCGCUUUACAAUUGCCGAAAUCAAGCGAAGUGAAUGGCUAAGAGACCAACAUUUCCCCAAGCCUUUUGAGCCAUAUAAUCUAAAUCCAACCCCACAAAGCCAGUCAAAGCAGUUAAGUGAUGAGGAGCAGGAGGCUCGUAAAAUACUGAAAGAACUGGGGAUCACAGAAGACCUCCUUUCAAAGGGAGCAAGUACAGAUUCAAGAAACAGUAUUACUGGUAGUUAUAGAAUAGUUCUACAUCGUGUCCAGAAGAAAAAUGCUGGCGUUGUAGAAGGCAUGAUGAUGGAUUUACCUAAAGAACACAAUUUGCUGGAUAACCGAAAGUCUUCAAAACAUUCGGCUCCACAUUCCAAAUUUUGUACAUUAUUAUAAUGUAACAUAUUUUUUAAAUAUUACAGAUAUCAAGAGUUUAGUUCCAAAAUGGGAUAUGUGCCAAUUUUGUAUGUUAUUAUUUUAGAAAAGUGUGUUAACUUUUCUGGUAUUAAGAUACAUUAUGGGAGGUAAGAUAAAGAGAUGGCAGUUCUCGCUAUAAUAGUUAAAAACUAGAUAGUGUAAAGGUAAUUUGCUGAAAAUUUCAGUCAAAUUGAUCCACUAUGAGCCGAGAAAGAAGCGGGUGAAAUUUUUGCAUAGUCUCAGUCAUCAUUACUAAAAUCAUUGAAAUAAACAACAUAGUCUCGAUUAUCCACUUUUAUUGAUUUAAUUAUCAACGGCCGUUAGCGGCAUAUAGGAAUCUAAUCCAGCCAACACCGAAGGCUAGCCUUGACAUCGAGAGUUUAUUAUGGUCUGGAUAAGUUAAUUAAUGUCUAAUUGAUAAUUUAGAUAACAUUUCAGGCCUAAAGAAAGACUUGUAAUAAGCAGAUUUUGCUCUUGCAUAAUGCAUGUUUAUUAUAAAACAAUUAUAAAGCGCACGUCUGUCACUGAAGUUUUCAGAGGGGCUGUACAAGUUCCAAUACAUGUAGGAUAUCAUAUCCA